AUGUCGAAGCUCUCGUUUAGGGCGAGGGCCCUGGAUGCGUCUAAACCUAUGCCCAUAUAUCUCGCCGAGGAGCUCCCGGAUUUACCGGACUACUCGGCGAUUAAUCGUGCUGUACCUCAAAUGCCCUCUGGUAUGGAGAAAGAGGAGGAAAGUGAGCAUCACCUCCAGAGGGCUAUAUCAGGCACGGGCCUCAUCAUACCGACUCCAGAAGUAUGCCAGGUGUCGGACGUGGAGUUUUACGAGGCCUGCUACCCGCCCGACUACAAGAUGCCCAAACAGCAUAUACACAUGCAGCCGCUAUGGGAGGAACAAGAGGCGCCGGAGUAUGACAUCGAUACAGAGGAUGAGAGGUGGCUGAAACAACAGAGGCAUCCAGAGUUGACAGACUUAAAGUUCGAGCAAAUGAUGGACAAGUUGGAGAAGAGUUCCGGCCAGACGGUCGUGACUCUGAACGAGGCCAAGCUGCUGUUGGAGAGGCACGACGACCUCGUCAUAGCUGUGUACGACUACUGGCUCAACAAACGACUCAGUACUCAACACCCGCUCGUACUAUCAGUGAAGACGGAGAACCGGCCCGGGCAAUCAACCAACAACCCCUACCUCGCGUUCAGGAGACGGACGGAAAAGAUGCAAACCAGGAAAAAUAGGAAAAACGAUGAAAGUUCAUACGAAAAGAUGCUCAAGCUUCGUCGUGACCUAGCGCGGGCUCUGUCCCUGUUGGAGCUGGUCGCUCGUAGGGAGCGAGCCAAGAGGGAGCUGGUGAGACUCACGGCACUACUGGCGGAGAGGAGGUACGGCGCGGGGGACUACACGCACCCCGCCGCCGGCGACAACACGCACAGGCCUACAUACCAAGUACCGAUCACAGCGACAAGCUUCAGACGGGAGUACGCUGCGCCUUACCCGCCACCCGCGCCGCUGGACGCCAGACAGCGUGAGAAACGUCCUUACAAGAGACGGAAGCAUCGCCACUACGUCCCCGCGGUCCCGCACAGAGAUUCCGGUGUCUGUACGUCCUCGGAGGAAGAGGUCGCCCCUCUUGAUGACGGACCCUUCGCCUUCAGGCGCAAGCCGGGCUGCUUCUAUGAGAUGCCGACGGCCACGUUGUACGGUGACCCAGUGGACCCCGACAACACGAGCAAGGACGGGCUGUUUGAACAUGAACUGGAUGAGAAGACCAGGUUCACGUUAACAUCACUCCGUGUACCGUACUCGCACUGCGUGGGCUUCGCUAGGCGGAGAAGAGGCAGAGGGGGCCGCGUGCUGCUGGACCGGAUACGGACACCUCUAGACGACCUUUGGCGGAGACUGAGCUUCACACACGUGGGGGGGAGGGAGGAGGAGCAAAGGAGGCAGGAGGAGGUGGAACUGGAGACUAAGCCCCACAGAAGUCCGAAAGAAAUGAAAACGGACUACCACGCGGGCGGGAAGUACCCCUGGCGACACGCGUUCAGACGACAUCUGGCAGAUAACCCACAUCUGUGGACGGAACCCGUCAGCGAUGACGUCUUAGACGUCAAGACGGACGUCGACGUGAAGGUCAACGGCGACGACGUCAAAAUAGACGUCGAUGAAGUCAAACACGACGUGGACGACGUCAAGAUAGAGCCGAUGGACGUCGACAGUGAAAGAGUUUUACCAGAAACGGACAUUAGUGAUAGUGUUGAGGACGUUAGUGAAAAAAGAACUAUAGACAGACUAGUUACUGACAAUCUGAAUAGAGUUAUAAGGAAGAGGAGCUGGAGCGGCUGUACCGACAGCAGCUACGACUCGGAGGACGGUCUGCAGCCCGUGGAGAAGGAGUUCGAGAAGUUCAUCGAUAAGGUCAAUAGGAAAUGGUUACAUUUCCGACCGAAAACCCCACCGCCGUCACCUCCAUACGUGGAUAUCCCCGCGGAGGACCAACUCCCGCUGGGCGUGGACACACCGCUCGCCGUGGAGCUCACCUCCAAGCCGUCGUCCGGCGCGCUAGACACGUUCACCACCUCCGAGUUCACGCUCUCCGACCUCUACGACAUCAGCGUGCCCGAGCCGAACGAGGACGAGCUGCCCGACAACUUCACGGGCUUCACGGACGACCAGCUAGAGAGCAUCCUCUCGGACACGGACAAGAAGUGCACGGACGAGCUGCUCGAGCAGCUGGCCCGGGACGUGGAUACCGGGAAGACUUUUUUAUGUCAAGGCCGGGGCCCGGGGACGCGGGCCGGCUCUGGCCGCAAGGAGGCGUUCGGCUGCAGCGUGGUGGACGUGCGCGAGGACCGGGAGGCGCUGUACGUGCCGGUGGAGGACACGCCCCCGAGAGAACAGGCCCCGCCCCCGCUGCCUAGGAGCGACGCCCCGCCGACCAUCAAGAAGCAGCCGCCCGCCCCCGCCAGGCGACCCACCAGCGAGACGGACACCGCGCAGAUCGUCACCGUGGCCGUGUCCGACAGUCUCAAGGUUCGUCUGGCUAGUCAAGGAGCGACGGCGGCCACCGCGGCCGGGACUGUGGUCGGCUUACUGCAGAACGGACCCUUCGCUACCAUGCUACCUGUCGCAAGCGUCGCGAGCGUGGCGAGCGUAGCGAACGUCACGGCCGGGACAGGGAAAAUGACGAAUGUCGCAAACGUGGCUAACGUGGCCAAUGUGGCUAACGUGGCGAAUGUGGCUAACGUGGCCAGCGUCGCAAACGUGAACGUGUCAGUUGCGAACGCCAAUCGUCGUGUUACGCCGUUCGUUCAGUUAGCUCCGGCCGCGUUAGGUCACAAGCCUCUACAACUUCAUCAUCCGCCGUCCGUAGUGGUGGGGCCGCCCGUACACCACGUGACGCCCAGCAAGCUGAAAGUACUACACGCACACCCGCUGACCAACUCACAACGGGCACAGCUGUUCGGACAGAACCGCUCUCUGGCGCAACUACCGGGCAUGGUGUCCCUCGCCGCGCUGGGAGACGCUAAGAUCAAACCUCACGGAUCAGUGGCGCAGUACUACGAGAUAAAGGGCGGACAGCUGGGGAAGCCGCACCUGGUUAACGUGCUGAGACAACCGCCGCCCAAGACGCAGGGCGCGAGGAUCGACCUCAACGAUGCUAAAAAACGACCGUUCAUAUUCGACGGGACGCUCAAAGGGAACGUGUCCGCGACCAGCAGGCCGCACCGGGUCAGCGUGAGUCUGGAUGGGCGGCAACUAGUGCGGGCCGCGUUACCUGCUGUACGCGCGCCCCACGUGAGGCACCAGAUACAACUCAAGAAUAGAACUCUUCAAGUGGCAGCGCCCGGGAACCGGGCGGAACCUUCAACCAGCAUCAGCAUCGCGCCCACUAAAACCGCAACCAUCGCCAGUUCAGUGGUCGCCAACCUGCUGCAGAAAAACGUGCAGCUGCCCAAGGGACAGAAGAUAGCCAUCUCCGGGCCGGCGGGACAGGCGCUAGCGGCUAACGUACAGGCCAUAGCGUUCACUACGGCGCAGCUCAAGGCGAGGCAGAGCAGGAUGAUAACGCAGGCGAGACCGCCGCCCCGAGAUAGUGGAGACCUCGUCAACAGCCAACGCGACCCAGGACGACGAGGACGGCGUGCGAAGAACAGAGACUAUGAUGGAGGUGACGUGACCAGCGACCUGGGGGACACGGCCGGGGGGCCUGCGGGGCCCCGAGCUACUGACGUGGAGGGGCCUCGGACACAAGGAUGA